UAAUCUACGUCAAAAACUAAGAUUUUGUGCGAAUCUGCCUAAAUCAGAGGGAGCUAAAGAUUCGUUUUCGGCGAAGAAGCAAUGUAGUUUCUGGCUCAAUACAUUCUUAAAUAGUGAUGUAAACAUGACGACAUUAGCGGAAGCACGUCACACGAGAGCUCGGGAGAGGAGUUUUGUGGGUAAACCCAGAAAGAUAUCUAGUGGUCUUCCACUGACCAGAGUUCAGCGUGUAGCACAUCGAUCAGAUAUUCUUCUUGAUGAUCAGAUUUCGUUAGUGAAAGAAACCCAGGAUGCCUUAGAGAAGGCGAUGUUGAUGAUGUCAUCAUCUAAGGAUGCGAGAGAACAGAAAGGAUGGUUGAAUGAGGUUGAUAGACUCAAGCUUCAAUGUGAUGAGAUGCUUCUUAUCCUGAAGGUUGUUAGGAAGCUGAGUGCAGAGCUCCUCUAUGCCAAGGUAGAGGUUGAACAGGCAGCCCAGUCACAGGGGAACGUUGGAGCCGCUCGUAAGAGAGUUGUCUGGCUGGAAGACCGUAUGGAACAUCUCCUUGGCCGUUACAGGAAUGAGUUUAGGCUCAAUUCCCCACUGCCCAUUCAACCAAGGUUCAUAACUGAGAAGAAGACAAGACCAGGAGCAGGAAGGGCAGGGACAAACCAGACCAAGCGAACUCAUGACUCAUCAAGACCCAAGUCUAUCUUGAAACCUCCAAAGGGUCAACUUACAGAAGAUGAGAGCGAGAGAGAGGUUAUUAGAUCUCGUGGACGAGAAAGAGGGCAUGGAAACACCGAUAGACAGGCUCCAAACAGGCAUCAUAGACGCCAGCGAAAUGAGCUUAGAGGCCUGGAGACCGAUGAGACUCAGAGCACCGGGGAUGAAGCCGGAGGGGACGGCGAAUGGGUCGCUAAGCACCGCCUUGCUCUCCGCAGUAGAGGUAGACCUGGAGGGGCGGGAGAGCGUGGUAGACCUGGAGGGAGAGGCGUUCAGGUUGGUGGUAGGGAUAUACCGGUGGACAGAAACCACGCCAUCAGGUCACGUCAACCCGGCAUGGAUACGGAAGAUGAGGAAACAGACGUGUCCCUGGAAGCAUCGAAGCACCAUACUGGGAGAAACAGAGGGAUGAAAACAGGUGGGGGGAAACCGAGGAAGCAAGCUGUGGAAGAUAGUAUCAAAGACUCCAGUGAGGACAUCUUAGGUAGCGGAACCACAGAGAUUGAAGAUGAUGAUGAGGAUGACGAUGAUGGUGACGAUGAAGAGACUGGUGGUGACUUGAGCGCAAGGAGUGAUCUAGAAGAAGGGGACCUUGGUGGGAUUGAAAAUGGUGUCUUCAUGACUCAAGAGUCUGCUCCAACUGAAGAAACUGAGAGCACCAGAGAGACGUCAUUGAUGAGUUCUCUCUCCAAGAAAGAAGACGGAGGUCAAGGCGAUGAUGAGAAAGAGGAGGAGGAGGUCGAUGAGGCUGCUGCUUACUGGGAAUCACCUCAUCACAAGUUUGAAUACAAUGAUCAUCGUGAAGCUAUUAGUCGUGAGAAUCCCAUGUCAUAUCACAACCUUGGUCUAGCUGUGUGUUCUUCAUUCAUAGAACCAGCUCCUGAAAUAGCAGCAGAGUUGCCAUGGAUACCUAUCAAGAAAGGAGAACAGAUGUCUGAUGUUCAUAUGAACAAACUCCUGCCACUCCGACCAGUUACUGCUAAAGCUGAAGAACUUAAAGUAGCAUUGGAUAAGAUAGCGGAAAGGAUUCAUGAUAUUUGGGGGAAGAUGGAAGAUGCUGCAGCUAGAUCUGUGGAUAUCAUCUCACCUUUCAAAUCACCGGACAAAGAUGGGGCUUAUCUCAGCCAUAUUGAAGGUUCGAUCGGAUCUGCUCAUUCCUCUCCUAUUCCUGUGGAGUCACGGAAACCUUCGCCCAUCAAAGGAGAUAAGACCCGCCCUCAGACCAAGAUGUCCAUGGUCAGAGCUAGAUCCGUUGCCAAGUCCAUGACGGAGUUUGAAGAGCCUCUGUCGAUGCCGUUUGCAAGUCCUCCCAGGACAGCCAUCAGCUCUACCGCUCCCAUGCUAGUCUACCACCCAAAACCCGUACCUCCGCCUGCCGUACUACCACUCACCAGAACGAAUCAUGAAAAGUUUUAUCCGCGGAUCUCCAGCGAUUGGAACGAUGAUGAUCCCGAUGGUAAAGAGAGAGCUCAGAGAAUCGUCAACCAGAUGAACGUUGCCAAAGAAACCAAUCUCUUGGUUUAUAAGAGCAAGGAGAGUAAACGAAAGAAGAGCUCGAAGCUAGCUAUUCAGAAACAUGUUGGAGGAGCAAUAGUCAUGAGAAAAUGGAGAAAUGCGGCAGUGGCCAAUGCCAUGGCAACGGCUCAAAUCUCUGCUUUUAUGGGAUCAAAGCACCAAGGGAACGGAAAAUAUCUUGAGAAAGAUGAACCAAGAUGGAAAAGAAUUGAGCAUGUUCUAGGAAUGCUGACGUCUGACCGUGUGAAUGAAAGACAGGACGCUGCAAGGCAUCUUGGAGAGCUUGAUGUAAUAGAGGAUGCAGUUAUUGGAGCACUCACGGAUAGGCUUGAUAAUGAUGAGGAUCCCAGAGUUCGGUAUGAAGCGGCUAGGUCUUUGAUGUCCAUCGGUCAAUGGACAGAACCAGUGGUCAGACUGAUUGUCCAGUAUCUGAAGAAGGGCAGUUACCAGGCCAAGAGGGAUCUCGUUGAGAGUAUGAUCAAAGCUCGGGGUGCUGCUUAUAUAAAAAAGACUGAUCCUCAUAAUCGUGCUUUGGUAGACCAACUGAAGAAGAUUUGCGCUGCGGAGAAUCAAGGGGAUCUGGGAUUUGACUGUGCCGUGUGUCUUGGAUGUAUGUGUGUCCCUGACAAGCAGGCCAAGAUCAAACUUAUGGGAAGCCUUGACAGCAAGGACAUCAAUGUGACUGCCAGAUCCCUUGAGAUCUUGGUGCGUCAGAUGCAUGCAUCCGAGCCUGCUGUGGUUCAGAUGGUCUUACAUCAACUACAGCACUCCUCUGCCUGGAAGUACAGAGCAGCAGCUGCCAAGCUUCUUGUUCACAUUGGAUCUAAAUGCAUUACUAAUGAAGAUGAUGAGAAGAUGAUAUUCAGCGUAGCUGACAAACGCCUCUACGAUGAUCCUAGCAGGGAGGUCCGAAGUGAGAUCGCCAACAUGAUGACAUCGCUGGGACUGAAGGAGACGCUGUGUGAAUUGGUUGAGAAGAGACUCUUUGAUGAAGAGGAUGAUGAAAGAGCCCAUGGUGUGCUGGCCGUGGGUGUUAUCGGAAUGAAGUCAGAGCGUAUACAACGUCAGCUCCUGGAGAUGCUGGAGCUCGAUUCGUGUGAGUACGUUAGGAUCCAGGUGAUUCGGACCCUUGCUGAUCUUGGUCUUACAAACAUCAAAGUGAUGCGAGCUCUCAAGAGCGUUGAGAGAAAUGAGGGCGCCCUAUCCAGAGAAUCGACCAAAGCUCUGAAGAUCUUGAAUGCCAUCAAGCAGCGUCAAUCGGCCAGAAGCCCCCGGAGGACACCGUCAAGGUCACCGUCUAUCCCGGCGAGCUCGGUGACCGCAGCAAGCAGGAAGAGAUCUCCCUGUAUGAAGAAGGCGGUGAGAAGUCAUACCAAACCUCUCAAUCAAACCAUCUGAAUUUAAUAGUCAUGUAGAGCAGGGGCCAUGGAAACUGGGGGGGGGGGGGCUGUGGGGGCCCCCGCACGUUUUUUCAAAACUGUGUAUAAAAACGUAAAAAUGACUAUCUGAUUAUGAUAUUUUGCAUGUUUACCCCCCUCCCCCCAAUUUCAAAACCGUUUUGCGGCCCCUGUAGAGUAGAGUGGUUUACUGCGGUAGGGACAGUGAUUUUUUUUAUUUUUUUUUUUAUUGCCUUUUCCAUUUCUAAAAACCUGUAAUUUCAUUUCAAACUUAAUUUAAAAUGGGAUUCCUUCUGUUAUUAAAAAAUGUACAGCAAAACCGCGCAAUACAUUUUGGGAAGGAAAAUUCCAUGAAUUUUCACCCUAAAAGUUAAAAAGCAAAGUGAAUUUUCCGUUUUGACUUACCAAUGAACGGAAAAUCACUGAAUCUACUGGCGUGGUUACUUAGCCUGACUGCUAUUAAAAGUGUGCUUGUUAGGGCAGUGCUAUAUUUUUAGGCAUGGGAAAUAUGAACAAAUUAUUGUUUGCCUUCAUAUUCUUUACAUGAUAUUUCAGGAGAAUAUCACUCGAAGGAUUGCUUUUCAAAUACUUUCACAUGCAAGUUGUGAUGAUGAUGAUGAUUGUUGUUUUUGGGGCCGACAAUUUGUGUGAUGUCCCAUUCAUUCAUUUCUGUGUGCAGUGUAUUAUCCACCUUGCAAAGGAUUUGAAAACAAAGUUUUGAUAUGAGUGUAUCUGUACAAGAAAUCAAUAAGUGGUUUUCACUGGAAAAAUACAUUAAUGUGCCUGGUAGAACUUGAAAAGGAAUUUCUUUGAAUGAUGGUGAGCUAAAUGUGUAUUCAUGCGAAAUUUGACACAAUGAAAGGGGCAAUGUCUUGUACACAUCAGCGAUUUUCACACCUGAUGUAAUUGAAUCACUAUUUCAGUUCAAUGUAAGUAGAUUGAAUGGAUUAGGGGUAUGGGGUUGGUUUGAUGAUAAUUAGUGUGAUAUCAGAUUAUAAUCAUUAUAAUCAUUAUGAUUUUGAUUUUGAUUGUAGUGUAUGACUGAAUGAACAAACAAAUAAUAACAAACUUGACUGUAUUAUAUCUGUAUGGUUCCUACUCUAGAGUAGAUUUUCUUUGACUAGUAAACAUCCAGAUUUAUGAAGUUUAUCAAGAUGUUGAUUCCUGUUACACAAAGCGUAUUGCUUAUAAUUGCAGGAUUGAAAUUUUGCAAUUCAUUGCAUUGGUCAUUAUGUGCAAUGCAAAGCAUACAAAUCAAUCGUAUAAUCGGUUGCCUAUAGCUGUGCUCCUGGGCUAACGAGUCCUGUUAGUGAUGGAUUGACGCUUGAUCUUCAUGAUUGGUUGUACAUGGUUGUCAAUGCAAUUCAAAAUUAUUUAUUUCACUUCCAUCAAACAAAAACAAAUUGUAUACCAUAUAUAAACAUAAAUAUUUGUGCCCGUUGCAAAAAAAAAAAAUUAAUAAUACAUGUGUUGUGAAAAAAAACACUUAGACAAUUUGGGCAACACAUUGUAGGUUUUAAAUAUGUAUACUAUUUUUCAAUAGAAAUUAAAUUAAGAUGGAAAUGGAGGGACCCACUAAAAAGCAAUGCUUGUACAAUGUGGGCCCCUCAAAAAAAUAGAUAACACAACAAAUAACAAAAUAACCAAGUACAAAUACAGAUAUAUGUAAUCAAUGUAAUGAAUCAUAAAGAUAUUCUUCUACGAUGAUUGCUUUUAAAACUUUGUGUUAGGAGCCCCU